UCUCUCCUUUUGUUUUGCGUACAGGAGUUGCCAUUCCACCUAGUCGCUGUGAAAGUGACUUGAUACAAGCUCCUUGUGGUGCAAAACGACUAUCAACCUGUGACUGGAUUGUACUAAAAUCAAUGAGCAAGGAUCAGUCACAGUCCAGCACGAGCCUUGUUCUACAGGUCCCCAUUGGACAAAUGGAACACAGUUUGCCUAUCAUAGCCCUUACUGUUUUCUCGACCAUGGCUGGAUGUGUGCUGAUUCUUCGGAACGCCAUUGUAGCAUCUUUUAAAAUUUAAAUGCUGAAACCUCUAAAGAGAAUUUAUGGUUGAAUAUGUGUCUUUGAUAUUUAGACCUUUGCUCUGAAAAUUUGAAAUAAAGUCUAGAAUUAUUAAAUUGAAGUUGCUGACAAAUUCCUUUUAAUUAGAAGGUUGAGGAAUUCUUCGAUUUGCGCACUAAAUUCUGUUGAGUUUAAUUCAAUUUUCUUUCCAACAAAUAAAUGAUCGAUCGAGAUUAAUUAAAUCUGUACAUGUGGCCUUCUAUUUUUCAGUAUUUCUGUCUCAAAGUCUGAUAACGAAUUUAAUUAAUUCCGAAAAAUUUAGUUUUGUCUUUACUUUCCCAAGUCUACACCGUCAAAAUGUUCGUUUCACACAGCAGAAUAUGCGCACUUCCUCUACUGCAAAAACACAUUCUUCGAGAAAUCUAAAUUACUUGGAACAGCCGCCACUUAUGACGUUGCAACGCUCUGUAAAAGUUAGCUAGUUCUCUUCAUGCGUCUAUGCACAUAAGGCUUCGGAAAGAGAACGCCAUUAAUUUCUGUCGGUUGCUCGUCGGUCAAGCGGCCCCCAUAUCCAGCCUCUGUACCUCAUUUUCCCCUGUAUGGUUCUCCUCCAAGUUAUUUUUCAACAGCCUCUCUUUCGUCGGCCGUCGGGAACCCAUUAGAGGGCGACUCGGGGCAGGGCUGAUGGUGGCAUUCGGAGCUUAUGGCCGAUCCAUCGCCAUCUUCUUCUCUGGACCUUCUGGGUGAUGGGUUCUGUACCUGUUCUUCUGUGCUGCUCACUGUUGGAGAUGGAGUCAGGCUAAAAGAUGCGAUGAAUUCUGAGAGCCGAUAUCUGAAAGAGCCAAAAUUCCGAGGUAAAACUUGACCGAAUUAUUGAUAUUCGGCAUAGAAGGAAGAAAGAAUACGAGGAACGGCCAGGCGGCUUUCACCAGAUUUUCGCUACUGCCUUGACUGUCCUCACUGUGGGUUUUAUUCCCAGAAAAAAGGUUUACAAGUUCCCUAUUACAUUCGGAAAUCAAGUUUUGGAGAGCGAGAAGACACAAAAAGAUGGAAAACGGGAAGAAAAAGAGGUUACAAAUGUUACCCAGGAAUUUAAAGGAUCUAAUUCCUUUUGGAAUAAAUUUGCCAUGUUUAAAAGAUAUCAAGGUCCAGGAUGCGGAAUCCUUAAAUCAGUCGACCAAGAACUGAGAGAGCAGAACAAUACAGCGUCCUUCGAGGGAACAAAGAAACUGGACUUGAAGAGGCUAGUCAUAGAGAAUGGAUUGUCUGCAGUGAAGGAGUCCUGUCAUGAUAACAUUGGUGUCGACGCUGGUGCUGCGGUUGAUGUUACGGCUAGAUUUAAAGGUGUUAGUGCCGCUGUGGGUCAUGGUUUUGCUGUUAGGGUCGAUGACGAUGAUGCUGUGGUUGAUUAUGGUCCGGUUGCGAUCGAUGAUCUGGGUGUUGUUGCUGAUGAUGUUGAUGCUGUGGUUGAUGGAGCCGCUGCUGAUGUUAAUGACGUCCCUUCUGUGGCUAAUGAAAUUAUUGCUGAGAUGAACGCUGUUGUCGUUUCUACGAUUGACAUUAUCGCUGCUGGAAUUAACAUGGUUAAAAAUAUUGCAAGGCUUGACGCUACGCGUGCAGUCGAGACUCUUAGGGAAGGGUUUCUUGAAACACUCGUAAAUGUUGUUGAUGUAGGGGCGGAUGGGUUUGAUGAAAUUAUGGCUGCUGCUAAUGAAGCUGAGGGUGCUGACAUGGUUCGUGCUGUUGUUGCUACUGGAUUUAAUGUUUAUGUUGACAUUUACGAUAGGAUAUUUCAGGCUUGCCUGGAUUUUGUUGCUACACGGGUGAAUGGUUUCAUUGACUCUGGGAAUCGUCUUGUUGCUUCAAGUUUUCAGCAGGUGCCCUUCUUGGUGCAUAAUUUUCUCGCUGACAUGGCUGAGGUUUGUGCUGCUGGGAUUGAUGGUUAUGUCGCUCCAGGUUCAUACAGAAUUGUUCCUCACAUGAUUGAUAGUGAAGGUGUCCUUGUCGAUGAUGGAACUGUUCCUGCUCUUCAUCCUGUUCUUGCUGGUGUUUUACCUGAUCGUCCCGAAACCACUGAUCCUAGUGUUUUCAUUCAUUUUGGAUAUGGCACGGUUUAUGCCGUUCUUGCUUCUGAGCACUUUGCAAGACACCGUAAUCCUAAAUUUCUCGCUGCUGCUGCUUUGAGCGUUUUCAUUGGUUUUGGUGUUCUGGCGCUUGAGGCUUACGGGAACGAGCUUGACGAAUCCGAUCUCCAAAUUGAGGAGUUGAUGCAGCUUUGGAUAGAAGAUCAUGAUAAUAACAACUUUGAUGAAUCAGAAGAUGAAGGUUUUUAUGAGGAAUAGGAGACCACUGAAGUAUAAGUGACCAAGACAGAAUUUCUCCUUAAAAGUAUCAAUACGAUAUUAAGUAGACAAGUGAUGAGAAUAAAAAAAAAUCACUUGAGGAAAAAUUAAUUGAUCCAAUACCAAAAUCUCCAAAG